GAACUUAUGCCCUGGCAGAGCAGAAGUGUGGGAGACACUACUAAAAUAACAUGAAAAUUUACAAAAACAGGGAGUGAAAAAGAAAAGGCCAAGGUACUAAAAAAGAAUCAUGCAAAAUAUUCUAAACAAACCUUGAUUCUGCUGCCCCAUUCAAUUCACUAAUAUCUGCCCAGUGCCCACUGUAUUUCUGUUUUCUAGUUACCUCUGUUUCUCACCUCCAAAGCAUGACCUCUUGUUAUUCUUCUUCUUCUUCUUCUUCAUGGCCUCUUCUUUGAUAGCUCUAUUAGUCUUUGAGAACAAUAUCAAUAAAGAGUUGGUAAGAAGCUUGCAUGUUUACAGAUUGAAGGAUGGGAAGGAAAAGGAAGUUGAGAGGGAGUUUGUUUUCUCUGUGGAUGGUCCAUAUGUUGAAAUGAAAGCAGGCCCAAUUCUUAGAUUGAGGAGAUUUCAGGUUUUGGAGCUCUUUGAAGGGCAAGUGAUUGGUUUGUGGCGUUGCAUAUUUGCAUUUCAUGUCAAUAACCCUCCUCAUUUGAGCCACAGUUCUUUUCUACUCUCAGUUUCUAGAAACCCCAAGCUGAAGUCAAUUCCAACACUGGCCAAAGAUAUCCAUUUCAUUUUGAAGUUGAGCUGCAAAACUGACAAUGAAGAGCCAUCAAGGUUUUCAUCCAAAGAAAUAUGUGAAGUGGACAGAGAUAAUUGCCCUCAGUCAAAGAAAAGUCUGCCUGUAUUAGACCAGGAUCUUAACUGCCUUCCUUAUUCAGUUUCUCCAUCUGAAUUAUCAAAAAGCGAACAAAUUGAACUGUGCGCAGCAGGUGUUAUGGAAAAGAAGAAAAAAAGAGCAGCUAGUGAAGACAUUGCUAGAAUUGCUUUAGAAGAUGUCGUUAAAUGCUUUGGUCUACCAAUUGUGGAAGCUUCAAGAAAUUUAAAAGUUGGUCUCACAGUGCUGAAGAGAAAGUGCAGGGAAUUAGGCAUCCCUCGCUGGCCACAUAGGAAGAUCAAAUCCCUUGACAGUCUCAUUCGUAGUCUCCAGGAAGAGGCAGAAAGGCAUAAACAAGAUAACGAGGAUACAACUAUGGCAGUGGCCAAGAGGCGAAGGAUGCUGGAGAGGGAAAAGGAAACUAUAGAGAAGAAGCCAUUCAUGGAAAUACAAAGUGAGACCAAAAGAUUCAGGCAAGAUGUUUUCAAAAGAAGGCACAGAGCCAGAGCUCUUGGAAACCAGGGUCUAUAAAUCUUCCCCAGUCCUGAGAAAAAAAAUUAAAUUACAGAAAGAACUCUCAAAGCCCAAUAUGUACAGUUGUGCUUUCUAAUGCUAAUGAUUUACCUUCAACAGCUUUGUGAUUUUGUGUUGUACUGCCAGUACAUUCAGGGCAUCUUUUCGGGUUAUUGGAGCCAAAUAGUUUUCUGGGUCA